CAGCCCGGCGGCCAGGAGGAGCUCCUCCCCUCCCUCUGCUCGCUGUUACCUCCGCCUCCCUCGGAACCAGCAGCAGCAGAGGAGCUGCCGAGCCUUUGACGGCGCAGAUACAGUCAGCCGGAGUCAGAGCUACACCCCGCGCAGCCAUGGCAGACAACGCCGGCUUGGAAAACCACCGCAUCAAGAGCUUCAAGAACAAGGGGCGCGAUGUCGAGACUAUGAGAAGACAUCGAAAUGAGGUGACGGUUGAGUUGAGAAAGAACAAACGAGACGAACACUUAUUGAAGAAGAGAAACGUCCCUCAGGAGGAGAGUCUGGAGGAUUCUGACGUCGACUCGGACUUUAAAGGGCAAAAUGUUACACUCGACGCAAUCUUACAGAAUGCAACCAGUGACAAUGCAGUUAUACAGCUCAGCGCAGUGCAAGCAGCCAGAAAACUUCUCUCUAGUGACAGAAACCCUCCUAUUGAUGACUUGAUAAAGUCUGGGAUCCUGCCUAUUUUAGUAAAAUGUCUGGAAAGGGAUGACAACCCUUCGCUUCAGUUCGAGGCAGCUUGGGCCCUGACCAACAUCGCCUCCGGGACAUCAGCACAGACUCAGGCUGUGGUUAAAUCAAACGCAGUGCCCUUGUUCCUGCGGCUGCUACACUCUCCUCACCAGAACGUUUGUGAACAGGCUGUAUGGGCUUUAGGAAACAUUAUAGGCGACGGCCCACAGUGCAGGGAUUACGUCAUCUCCCUGGGCGUGGUGAAGCCUCUGCUCUCUUUCAUCAACCCAUCGAUCCCCAUCACCUUCCUCCGCAACGUUACCUGGGUCAUUGUUAACCUGUGCCGUAACAAGGAUCCGCCUCCGCCCAUGGAGACAGUGCAAGAGAUUUUGCCGGCUCUCUGUGUGCUAAUAUAUCACACCGAUAUAAACAUCCUGGUAGACACGGUGUGGGCUCUGUCCUACCUGACGGACGGCGGAAACGAACAGAUCCAGAUGGUCAUUGAUUCUGGAGUUGUUCCAUUUCUCGUGCCUCUCCUCAGCCAUCAGGAGGUGAAAGUUCAGACGGCGGCUCUGAGGGCUGUGGGAAACAUUGUGACGGGAACAGAUGAGCAGACCCAGGUGGUUCUUAACUGCGACGUUCUCUCACACUUCCCCAAUCUGCUCACCCAUCCUAAGGAAAAGAUUAACAAGGAAGCUGUCUGGUUCUUGUCCAACAUCACAGCUGGGAACCAGCAGCAGGUCCAAGCUGUUAUCGAGGCCGGGCUAAUUCCUAUGAUCAUCCACCAACUGGCUAAGGGCGACUUUGGCACGCAGAAGGAGGCAGCAUGGGCUAUCAGCAACCUCACCAUCAGUGGGAGGAAAGACCAGGUGGAGUUUCUAGUGGAGCAGAACGUCAUCCCGCCCUUCUGCAACCUGCUGUCAGUGAAGGACUCUCAGGUGGUGCAGGUCGUCCUGGACGGCCUCAAGAACAUCCUGAUUAUGGCUGGAGACGAAGCCAGCACCAUUGCUGAAAUCAUCGAGGAGUGUGGAGGUUUGGAGAAAAUAGAAAACUUGCAGCAACACGAGAAUGAAGAUAUCUACAAAUUAGCCUUUGAGAUCAUUGAUCAGUACUUUUCAGGGGAUGACAUUGAUGAAGACCCGAGCCUGAUCCCUGAAACCACUCAGGGAGGAACGUUCAACUUUGACCCUGCGUCCAACAUGCAAACAAAGGAAUUUAAUUUCUAAAAAGCCAGGAUGUUUGGUUCCACUAGUUGCACGGGUACCCCGUCACCAUCGCAGACACUCAUCCAUCUCUCCCAACAAUCUGGCAACCCGGUACAGAAGGCUUUCUAAACGCCAGCCUCGCCACUAAAGGACUUCAAUCACAGCCACUUCUGUACUGUGGGGGAGCUUUUUUCUUUGUGGGUUUUUCUUUUUUCCCUUCUAGUGCAACUCUUCAUGGGAGCCGCGGUUGUUCGUCUGACAACCUGCAUGAAGAGAACUGUCAGUGCUGCCAGUGCUUCUAUCACUUAAAGGUAAAACCAGAAGGAGGGGGAAAAAAGCCUUCUUGGCAAGAUCGAAAAUUGCCAAAUUUUAUGUCUUCACAAGGACAAAAACACAAGCACAUUUAAAGAAACGACCACGUUCACACACGCACUCACAUUUAUAUAUAAAUGUAUAGAAAUGCAUAUAUGGAUACACACGUUUUGACACUUAAGGUUUGUGUGCAUACUUCUGUUAGAAGCCGUCAUAUCACCUCUGGGGAAGAAAUACUGCUGUUAGUUUGUGGUUUACUUUUGUGCUUUGCCUCCCUUCACCCCCUGCACACAAACACAAGUGGACACCUGAACGCACUCGGUCACAACAUUUCCCAACGACCGGGCUCGGCCCGCUUUCGCCCACUAAAGAGAUAAUCCCCUAAGCUAAGCCAUGAUUACCACAGACCCCCUCCGAUCUGCCCUCCCAGGAGGGUCCUUGGGCAGGCGGAGGUGUGAAAGGGCUCAACGGUGAAACAAUAGAGGAAUCCGUGGCAAACCGACUGACAGAACUUCGGACUCAAUUCUGUUUUUUAUUUUGUUUUGUUUUUUGGUGUGACCUCUAUUGAAUAUUAGACUCUAAAGGAAUUCACCAAAUGUGAAGAAAAUGCCAUAUUUUUUUCCCCUCAACACAUACAGCUGUAAGACCUGCUCACUUCCUGCUUCAGAUUCAGAAGAGCAGCAGCAGCAUAUAUUUUCUUUUUUUUUUUUAUCUUUUUUUUUGGUCAAAGGAUGUAAAGGCGGGUGAUGAAGGCACAGACUUUCACAAAGAAGGAACACAUCAGCCGUUUCACUCCCCCCACCCGGACACUCGUGUCUCACCCCUUCGCCCUGCAAGCUGUUUUCUUCUAGGCUCCCCUGUAAUGUGAAAACUCAAAUAUGAGGGGGAGGCGGUUCUACAUAAACCUUCAGCCUGAAAUGUCCAGAUUCAAAACCACAAGGCUAUUUUUUAGUUUUUUUUUUUUUUUUUUUUUUUUUUUUUAACAGAAAAAUCUCACAAUGAACGGAUAAUUUCACAUUUCAGCUUCAUCGGGUAUAAUCUGUGGAACGUUUUUUUUUUUUAUUUGUUUUAUGUUCCUCUAGUCUUAUGCACACAAUUGAGAGGCACAGUGACGUCUGCCUGCAGAAAGGGACCUACGCUCACCGAAGACUAGACUCCUACAGAGUGCAGGUCCAGAUCUUUACAGUACUUAACACCUUUUUUUUUUUUUAUUAAGAGGUCACAUGUCAUCCCUCGAUUUUGAAUAAUUGUAAAAGGAAAAAAAAGAAUGUGAUGUGUAUCUCUCCUUACCGUCUAACAGAUAUAUGAAUAUAUUUACCUAAAGCCUGUACAAAGCUGCUGCAGCUGACGGUCAUUGGAUGGUUGAUCAAUCUCCCAGUUGGCAGGGGAAGGUUUUUGUUUUGUUUUUUGGAAGCAAUAUUUUUUGUCUUACUGUUUUAAUUUUAAUUUUUUAUUUUUUUUGGUCUUUCACAAUAUAUCUUGCAGAUGUGUUGUGAGGACAUGCUGAUAAAUUGGAGUAGGCUGGGUUUGUGUUUUGUCUUUGUUUUUACCUCUUGGCGGUGACGGCUGUUUUUUGAAAAUGUACCGUCCCACGUUCCAGUUGGUGUUUAGAUCCGGGACUAAGGUGACUAACUUUGACCCCGGCCCCGCCCGGUCUUGUAGAUGAUCCGCUGGUUCGCUGCUAACUCUUCAGAUUAUAGGGGUGGGGUGUUCAGAGCAGCGUCUGGAUCCCAGUUGGGGCUUUAAUUAUCCGAUAGGGCUGUUUAAAGCAGCCAGGACCUUUUUUUUUUUGUUUUUUGGGGGGGGAUUAGCUAAUAUUACUGAACAAAUCUAUAGCGAGGGUGUACAGUCAUGACCUAGCAGACUAGACCGAGCCACUUUAAAGAUUUACAAUUUUGUUGUCUUGUAUCCAAAUUGGAUACAAGCUUAUGUUUGCAAGAUUUUUACUUGCUAAUAAAAAAAAGCUGUUUUAAGUGAAAUAAUAGGAGGGGGGAACAAAAGAAGCAACAGACAGCGUUUUGGCCUCUGAUUGUUUGUAUCUUUUUAUAAAUUUUAGAUUGAAUUCUUCUCUUUAAGGUGGCUCAUUGAUGCUUUCAACUCUUGUGCAUAUUAAAGACAAUAAUGAGUUGAGAAAUCAUUGUGCCUUUUUGUUUUUUCAUUUCAACUAUGAAUAGAUCAUCUGCAUAGAAGAAGGAAAAAACUGGGCAACUGGAGAAUCUUAACGCGGGGGUAAUUUGUGCUCUCCCUACCAUUGGGAGUUUGCCAUGAGGAACGGUCAGGGCUCCUCUCAGCUGUCAAAAACAACUCUUUCAUAUCUUUAGCCACUGAAACGAUGUUCUGCACUAUUCCUCCCCGACCCCACGCACCCACAACUCUCCUUUGCCGUCAUUUCAGUCAACAGGUUCUGGUUUCCUUUCCCAUCUCACCCUCAGGACAUCGUCUGUGUUUCUGAUUCUAACCAAAAUAAACUUGCUGUUUAGCCUUG